UUUAAAGCUCUAUCACCAUUAUGCAAAACAUAAAAAGAAAUUCCCACUUUUUAUUAACUGCUCAGUUCAGAUUUGCAUAUAAAGCAAAACUACUAAUUUUGUCAUUGGAAAAAUUUGACUUCAAAUUACCAAGUUCCACUCUAGAAAAAAAUAAAAUGCUAAUAGAAUUUAACGAUAGGUAUUCUGUUAUGAGUAUGAUUAAAUGGUAGAAAUUCAAAAUAAUUUUUUAAAUAACUUAUGAAUUUAAAAUGGAUUUUACUUUAAAAGGCUUAAAAGAUUUUUGCUCAUAGAAAUAACUAGCUGUUUAAUGAGUUUAGCUACAGCUCAUAACAUUCACAAAAGUCGAGUUUGUACUUUUUUUUUGAGAAGACUAAAUUUAUGGUUUUAUUCUCAUCAUUUAGAUUCAUGUGUUUUUCUCCUAUAAUAUUGUACAGUUCAGGGUUUUUAAAAGUAUAUAUUCCUAGGAUAGUUUUUUUUUGUUGCUUAGGUUUAAGGUGGUAGAUAGAAUCAUGGUACAUAUUUGAAUGUGUUUUUUAAUUCAUUGCAUUUACUAAAUAUAUUUCAAUAGCUAUGUUUUAUAGAGUACUUAUUGCCAUAGUGAAGAUUUUUUUUUAUUUCUUCAGUACUCUUAUUUUAAUAUUUAAUUGCUGGCCUUUUAGUCUUCUGUAGAAUAUUCAACAUAAUUUGGUAACAUAUCUCACUGAAUUUUGAUUGAUUACUGUUUUGAGGGUAUGAGAUAUGACCCUUUAGUUGACUCCUGCAAUUUCAGGUUUCCACAAAGUGAUAGAGAGCUUUAGAUUGGUUUACUACUUGAUAACGCCACUCAUCUUUUUAUGUUAAAAUUCUAGUUGAAGAUUACAUGGAUUAUUUCUUUUUUAGAUUAUUUUAACUUGUUUUAUUUCAACUUUAUUUUUUACUUUGUGUAAGAGAAGACAAGAGAAACUGAGACCAGAUCAUCUCUCCAUCAUUUUAUGUGGAGCUGGUUAUUAAAUUUACCCAUUCCAGGCAUGCACUCUGCCACUGAACCACCUCCUGGGCCUUAUUAGUCCUUAAGUAUUCCCUUGUUACAUUUUAAAGUAGUUUCCACCAUUUGAGCCAUAAUCAAUACUACUGCCUUCUUUAUUUUUAUUUAGAACUCCUUUGGAGUGAUAGAGUUACAUAAAAAUACCAGUUUAAAAAAGAUUUUUUUCCCAGAAAAUCCAGAUUAGGAAAUAUCUAAAAGAAAAUAUUGUAUACUCUUUCUUAAAAUGUUGUCAUUAAUAGAGUCAAGAACUCUAGAACACAAUAUUUGUAGAACUAUUACAUCUAGAAUAAGGCUCUAAACAUAGUGACAAAGAUCUAUAAGGCUCAUGCUUUUCUACCCUUAAGUAUGGUAUGUGUUUAUUUGAACUUCAGUAGAAAAAAGUUUUAAAUUCCAGGAGAGAUUUCCAUUUUUAUACUGAAGUAAAUGUUAAAAGUUUCAAAUAAAGAAGAAUACUUUGACAAGAGUAGUCAACAUACUAUUUUCAGUUGCUGUUAAAGAGGUAAUGUGACCUACAUCUUUUCUACUUCUGCUUUUGUAUGAUAAAUAUAUCUUAGAAAUGAUUUGAGGUUAUCCAGGGAAAGUAUAAUAAUAAUUGUCAAGAAAAAUAUCUCUCAUGAACUAAUUCAUGGAAUAGAAACUCAUCAAGCAGCAGAAGAAAUAUCCAGCUUCCUUAGAACAUUGGAAAACCAAAAAGGAACUGGAGUAAAGAAGAGCCCUAUGUUGUGUGGACAGUAUCCUGUUAAAAGUGAGGGAAAAGAACUGAAGAUAGUUGUACAGCCUGAGACCCAGCACCGAGCACGGUACUUAACUGAAGGUAGCCGCGGCUCAGUAAAAGAUAGAACACAACAAGGCUUUCCUACAGUAAAGCUGGAAGGUCAUAACGAACCAGUAGUAUUGCAAGUGUUUGUAGGCAAUGACUCUGGCCGUGUGAAACCACAUGGAUUUUACCAGGCCUGUAGGGUAACUGGGCGAAAUACAACUCCAUGCAAAGAAGUGGACAUUGAAGGCACUACUGUUAUAGAAGUUGGCCUUGAUCCAAGUAACAACAUGACACUGGCGGUGGAUUGUGUGGGGAUACUGAAAUUGAGGAAUGCCGAUGUUGAAGCCAGAAUAGGAAUUGCCGGCUCAAAGAAGAAAAGCACUCGUGCCAGAUUGGUUUUCCGAGUUAACAUCACAAGGAAAGACGGCACUACUUUGACACUACAAACACCCUCUUCCCCAAUUUUAUGUACUCAGCCAGCAGGAGUGCCAGAAAUAUUAAAGAAAAGUUUGCAUAGCUGUUCAGUGAAAGGAGAAGAAGAAGUAUUUUUAAUAGGCAAGAAUUUUCUGAAAGGGACUAAAGUUAUUUUUCAAGAAAAUGUUUCUGAUGAAAGCUCUUGGAAGUCAGAAGCUGAAAUCGACAUGGAAUUAUUUCAUCAGAACCAUCUUAUUGUGAAGGUUCCCCCGUAUCAUGACCAACAUAUAACUUUGCCUGUAUCUGUGGGAAUAUAUGUAGUGACCAAUGCUGGAAGAUCUCAUGAUGUUCAGCCAUUCACUUAUACUCCAGACCCAGCAGCUGCUGGUGCUUUGAAUGUAAACGUGAAGAAGGAAAUAUCUAGUCCAGCAAGACCUUGUUCUUUUGAAGAGGCCAUGAAAGCAAUGAAAACUACUGGAUGUAACUUAGACAAGGUAAAUAUUCUCCCUAAUGCUCUGAUGACUCCACUCAUAUCAAGCAGUAUGAUUAAGAGUGAAGACGUUACUCCAAUGGAAGUAACAGCAGAAAAGCGAUCUUCCCCAAUUUUUAAGGCUACAAAAACAGUUGGAUCAACUCAACAAACAUUAGAAAGUAUCUCUAACAUAGCAGGAAGUGCAUCUUUUUCAUCAUCAUCAUCUUCUCAUUUACCUUCUGAAAAUGAACAGCAGCAACAAAUACAACCCAAGGCAUACAAUCCAGAGACCCUGACAACUAUCCAAACACAGGACAUUUCACAGCCUGGUACCUUUCCUGCAGUUUCUGCUUCUAGUCAGCUGCCCAAUAAUGAUGCACUACUGCAACAGGCUACACAGUUUCAGACAAGAGAAACUCAAUCUAGAGAGGUAUUACAGUCAGAUGGUACAAUAGUUAAUUUGUCACACCUGACUGAGGCAUCACAGCAGCAGCAACAGUCACCACUACAAGAACAAGCACAAACUUUACAGCAGCAGAUUUCAUCAAAUAUUUUUCCAUCACCAAGUAGUGUGAGUCAGCUACAGAAUACAAUUCAACAGUUACAGGCAGGAAGUUUUACAGGCAGUACUGCUAGUGGCAGCAGUGGAAAUGUUGACUUGGUUCAACAAGUUUUAGAGGCACAACAACAGUUAUCUUCAGUUUUAUUUUCUGCUCCAGAUGGUAAUGAGAAUGUUCAAGAACAGCUUAGUGCAGACAUCUUUCAACAAGUCAGUCAAAUUCAGAAUAAUGUAAGCCCUGGAAUGUUUUCCUCAACAGAACCAGCAGUUCAUAGUAGGCCAGAUAAUUUAAUAGCUGAAAGUGUUCACCCCCAGACUGAAAACACAUUAUCUAAUCAACAGCAGCAACAACAGCAACAGCAAGUGAUGGAAUCUUCUGCUGCAAUGGUAAUGGAGAUGCAACAGAGUAUCUGCCAGGCAGCUGCCCAGAUUCAAUCAGAGCUGUUUCCUUCAACUGCUUCAGCAAAUGGAAACCUUCAGCAAUCUCCAGUGUACCAACAAACUUCUCAUAUGAUGAGUGCAUUACCUUCCAGUGAAGACAUGCAAAUGCAGUGUGAGUUAUUUUCUUCUCCUCCUGCAGUUUCUGGAAAUGAAACUACUACAACUACCACACAACAGGCUGCAACCCCUGGCACUACCAUGUUUCCAACAGCAAGUCCAGGAGAUGGAGAAGAAACUGGAGCACAAGCCAAACAGAUUCAGAACAGUGUCUUUCAGACAAUGGUUCAGAUGCAGCAUAGUGGAGACAAUCAACCUCAAGUUAAUCUUUUUUCAUCUACGAAAAGUAUGAUGAGUGUUCAGAAUGGUGCCCAGCAACAAGGUAAUGGUUUAUUCCAGCAAAGUAAUGAAAUGAUGUCACUACAGUCUGGAAAUUUUUUGCAACAGUCUUCUCAUUCACAGGCUCAACUUUUUCAUCCUCAAAAUCCUAUUGCUGAUGCUCAGAACCUUUCCCAGGAAACACAAAGUUCUAUGUUUCAUAGUCCUAGUCCUAUUGUCCACAACCAGACUUCUACCACCUCCUCUGAACAGAUGCAGCCUCCGCUGUUUCACUCUCAAAGUACCAUGGCUGUGCUACAGGGCUCUUCUGUUCCUCAAGACCAGCAGUCCGCCAGUAUAUUUCUUUCCCAGAGUCCAAUGAAUAAUCUUCAAACUAACACAGUAACCCAAGAAGAACAGAUUUCAUUUUUUGCAGCUCAGAACUCAAUUUCUCCACUUCAGUCAACUUCAAACACUGAGCAGCAAGCUGCUUUCCCACAACAAGCUCCAAUAUCACAUAUCCAGACAUCUAUGCUUUCCCAAGAACAGGCACAGUCCUCUCAGCAAGGUCUGUUUCAGGCUCAGGUAUCCCUGAGCUCUCUCCCCCCUAAUCCAAUGCCUCAGAACCAACAAGGAACAAUCUUUCAGUCACAGCACUCAAUGGUUGCCAUCCAAAAUAACUCUCCAUCACAGGAACAGCAACAACAGCAGCAGCAGCAACAACAACAGCAACAGCAGCAGAACAUUUUAUUCAGUAAUCAGAACACCAUGGCUACAAUGGCGUCUCAGAAGCAGCCACCACCAAACAUGAUAUUCAACCCAACUCAAAAUCCAAUGGCUAAUCAGGAGCAACAAAGUCAGUCAAUUUUCCAUCAACAAAAUAGCAUGGCCCCAAUGAAUCAAGAGCAGCAGCCCAUGCAAUUUCAGAACCAGCCCACGGUUUCAUCACUUCAGAAUCCAGGUCCUACUCAGCCUGAAUCAUCACAGAGCUCCUUGUUCCAUAGCUCUCCUCAGAUUCAGCUGGUCCAAGGGUCACCCAGUUCUCAAGAGCAGCAAGUAACACUCUUCCUCUCUCCAGCAUCCAUGUCUGCAUUGCAGACCAGUAUAAAUCAACAAGACAUGCAACAGUCUCCUCUUUAUUCCCCUCAGAACAACAUGUCUGGAAUUCAAGGAGCCACAUCUUCACCUCAACCACAGACUACUUUGUUUCACAACACUACAGGAGGCACAAUGAGCCAAAUACAGAAUUCUCCUGGCUCAUCUCAGCAGACUUCAGGAAUGUUCUUAUUUGGCAUUCAAAAUAACUGUAGUCAGCUUUUAUCUUCUGGACCAGCAACAUUGCCAGAUCAGUUGAUGGCCAUAAAUCAGCCAGGUCAACCACAAAAUGAGGGGCAAUCACCUGUGACUACACUUCUUUCUCAGCAAAUGCCAGAGAAUUCUCCACUGGCAUCCUCUAUAAACACAAACCAGAACAUUGAAAAGAUUGAUUUACUUGUUUCAUUGCAAAGCCAAGGGAACAACUUGACUGGCUCCUUUUAACUGAAGAUAACUUUCCUGAAGAAAAUCCCAAUCCCAAGAUAUCCUGAGAUCUUGUGACUCCAUGAGGAUUGUCCAACUGUUACUUUAAAAGCAAAACAAAACAUGUAAAACUGUGAUUGAGUAAAUAGGUAGAUUUUACUGACUGCAAAAGAGCACACCUGUGCUGCCUGUUGCAGUGAUUAACCACCAUUGUUAAAUCUUCAUUUUUCAUUCCUAAUAACAGUAAUGACUGAGAAUCUACUUGAAUUUCCAGCUAACACCAUUAAUUCUUGCUAUUUUCCUAGGCACUGUUUCUUUUAUAAAGUUUAAAUUCAAAAGCUGGAUAACUUGGUUAUUAUUGCUAUUAGAUAAUAACUCAUAUUGUCAUGUUUACUUUUGGUAUUCAUUUCUCCUUUCCUGUAUUGUUUUAAUCAAAUAAUGGCUUUUGAAAAUGUAAAGUUCAAAUAAUAGAACUAAGGCUGUGAUUUUUUGUUUUUUCAGCAUAAAAAGCACAGCUUUUGGCCAAAGUGAAAGGUUUCUUUUUCCAAUUUUUAUGGAGUAACUGAAAGAAUAACAUUCUGAUAACUAAGCUGUAUUGAGAACUCUACACAGAUAAGACAUCUUUUUAUUUAACACCAAGACAGACAACAUAACAUACUUACAAACUGGGGAUAGCUGGAAUGCUAUUGAUUUUAUUUUUCAGAGUUAUUAACUCUAUAUUUCUAUUAAGGGGGUUAGCCAUAACUGUACUUUGAGAAAUAGUUAUCUUACUGUGUAAAAUAUGAAGGGGAGAAUAUAUGGUAGAUUAUGUUCUGACAUCCUCCUACAGUAGUUUAAACUGAGUAAUUUGAGUUUGUUAUCUUCUUAACCCAGUUUUGGUCCUCUGUUCCCGUUUUACAUCUGUUUAUAUUAUCUUUCUUCUUUUUCCACUUUAUUUUAGACAAUUAGUACUAUAAUAUUAGCUUCGUGACCCGAUAGUAACUUAAAGGAAAAGGCCACUUUAAUCUGGGGUAACCCAGCAACUAACUCCUGCAGCAUAGGGAUGGGGCUGGGGGUGUCCUCAUUCCUGAGAAACAAGAAACAAUGCAUUUUUUUUUUUUAUGAACGGUGCUGUUCUGAAGUCUUCAAAAUUUUCCCUCUAAUAGGAAACAGUAUAAAUUUUAUUUUUUAAAAAAAAGGCAAACUUAAAAUUUCUUGAAACAUCACUUCUCUCUGAGCUGCAGUGAGUGUAAUUCAUUUGCCACCUCAGUGCUUUAUGGUUUGAAGUAGACACUUAUCUGAUGGUUCCCAUAAGCUUUGGGCUUUACAGGGUCAUAUCAUUGACUUAAAGUGAUGAAUUACUCAUGUUACAUUUAUAGAGAGCAAAAUAACACACUCCAGAAUUUGCGGUUGUAGCAUUACACAGUUUUGAGUGUCUAGGAUGCUUGCUUCUCACUACAACCCAUUGUCUGGACACAUGCUUAUGUCUUUACUUUUGGCAUGUAGAAAGCUGUUAAUACAGUUUAAGGCCAAGUUGUAUGUGGCUUCUAUAUGUAGAUAAGAUUUUAGUAUUCCUGUCCAUUUUGUUUAUUUUUCUUAGUGUAUAAAAAAUAACCUGUCAUUUGUUUGUCGAAGGUUACUUUUCUGUUUCUAUCCUAUACGUUUAAGUUAAUCUGUGUUGAAUUGUGGUGAUGGGUUUGUUUAUACAACCAGAUCCCCCCCCCCUUUUUUUCUUUUUGUCAUGAUUUUCCUUGGUUCUUUGAAUGUACUUUUCUCAUUUUAUUUUUUCUCCUUGUUCUCAUAUAUUCUUCCUUCUACCAUCAGCCCUUUCUUUCUCUCUCUGAUUGAGAGGCUUUGAAUUACGUUUUCAGUAGUACAGGCUUCUUGCUGAUAUGAAGGGAACUUUUCAGAAAGAGACCUACUCUGGGUCAUUUAAUUUUGAAUACAGUUUUCAAUCGUUCAAGUUUUGGAUGGUUUAUAUCUAAUGUGUGUUUCAUUUUUUUGGAAAGCUAUAUUUUGUAUUUAGGAAAUGGUAUACUAUUUUGCUAUUUGUACUGAGUGAGUACAUUGGCAUAAAUAUAGAAAUUUAUAUAUAUACAUAUAUAUAAACUAUUCUUUUUUUGCCACACAUUUUUGUGGUAAAUUUAUGAGUUUGUCUGAUGUUCUACCACAACGUGGCGUCUGAUAACAGUGAGGGGGGGGGGGUUUGUUAUGUCUUUAUUGAGUAUUUAAGUAUCUUUUGAAACAAAUGACUUGUUCAUCUGUGGCCAUUCCACCAGGCAGUUCCUUGAUGUUAUUAGUGAGCUAAAGACAGCUUACUGUGUGUUUGCUGUUAUCUUUCACUCAGCAAAAUGUUAGAGUAAGGAAACCCACCUAGGCAGUUGUGUCAGAUGGUGUUUCACAUGAAUGAGCCGUUCAGUUUUUGCUCACUAUAUAUUUAAUAUUUUAUUAUUGUUAUUGUUACUAUUAAUUCGCUUUCUGUAUUCUAUGCCUUUUAUUUAUAAAGACACUAAAAAACAUGUUUGUAAUUUUAAUACCAUUUCCCCAUCUUGUAAUAUCCUGAACUACUUUAUAAAUUCUCUAAACCAAAAGCAUUUUUCUCAGUAUAUCUCUUUUCUCCCUAGCCCUAUCAAGGAAAAAAAAAUUAUCCAAUAUAGUUCAGGUUAUGAGAAGGACCAGUCACACAAUCCAGUGCUUCAACUUUAAAAUGUAAAGCUAACUGCACAGAGUUGACUAAUAUUAGAGAAAGUUUACCCAAGAGGUGUAAAAAUAAAAGUAAAAUACUAUUUUUUCUCUAAAUUUGCUGAAUUUUUUUCUAAAUUUCAGAACAGACUUGGGAAUUGUUUGCUCACCAAAUUCCAGGUAGAAUGUUAGCAUUGUUCUGUGGAUAAAGUGAUGAAAAGAAGACUGGCUUGUGUGCUGACUUCUGUUGUUUAGCAAGGGAUUUAUUUAUAAAAUGCUAAUUGCCAAUGCCAAGUCACCAGGGACCAAUUUUCUGUUUUAUAUUACCUAAUGUUCAGAACAUAUACCUGAACUGUAGUGGUUUGGUUGAGUGAAGGCUGAAUACCCAAUUUUUAUUUUCAUAAACUUUGUGGUUAUUUAUACAAGGGCUGUGCUAUGCUACCAUAUUCUUAUUCAAUAGUGAUGGAUUUAUUUUUAACAUUGUUAAAUGUUCUUUCCUGUAAAGGUCAAUGUUAAGUGAACAUUCUUAACAUACAAUUUGAUCACAAAAAGUAAUCAAAUUGUAUGUUAAGAAUUGCCCAUUUGUCUUCUUAUUAAAGAGUUAUUCAGUGGUCAGUGGUUGAUAUUUGUGCUAAUUGCAGUUUCUGCAAAAAUUAUAGUUACUUACAGGAGAAACUCAGUGAGCCAGCAAGGGCUUUGGAAACAAUUUAUUAUAUUUAUUUAUGGCAGAAGGACUAAGUAAAGCAUAAGCCACAUUUAUUCCUUUCCAUUGUUAAAUUCACUUGUUCUUGCUUUUUACAACACAACUUAAUGCUUGGAGCUUAUCUCUGUGUCUGUUUAUUCCUUACUGUCAUUCCCAUUGUAUAUCUACAACAACAUGGGGUAGAUAAUUAAAACUCAUGUUUUAUUUCUGAAAUUUAACAUGUUACCAUUAUGAUUUGGCUAAAGUUCUUUACCAAUGCAAAUCUCAUUUUUAAAUGGCUUCCCUAGAAAAGGGAUUUUUUUAAGAUAGAGAUAGGCAGCAAUAGAGAGGAGAGAGUAAAAGAGACCACAGCACCAGAGCUUCCUUCAGUGUAGUGACGGCCUGGCUCAAACCUGGGUCAUGCACAUGGCAAAUCAGCACAUUCUCCAAGUGAGCUUUUUUGCCAGCCCUCCUAGAACAAGUUUUUGCUUAUUAUAAAAGCAGUAUUAGUAAGGAGUCUUCCUUCCAUCCUUUUCUUUAUUCCUUUCUUCAUGCAUUCCUUUUUUUUUUUUUUUUUUGGAAUAUGGGAUAUGCUAUGUUGGGAAUUUCAUUAUAGUUUAUUUCUUGCCUAUCAGAACCUGAGUUAGUAUGCCUAAAAAAAAAAAAAGUUAGUUGAAAUGAGAAAGAAGUUACAUCUGUGUCCCUCUAGAACUAAGGAAAUUAUUAAGACCAUUAGAGCUAUUAUAAAAAACAUGUUUGUAAUUUUAGUACCAUUUCCCCAUCUUGUAAUAUCCUGAACUACUUUAUAAAUUCUGUAAGCCAAAAGCAUUUUUCUCAGUAUAUCUCUUUUCUCCCUAUCCCUAUCAAGGAAAAAAAUAUAUAUCCAAUAUAGUUCAGGUUAUGAGAAGGACCAGUCACACAAUCCAAAUUCUUGUUCUGGAAAGGUGGAAUCUCUUUAAACAGAUCAAUAAUUAAAAGAUCAAAAUUAAAGUCUCAAAUUGGCCAUUUAUAGAUAUUCACUAGGAGUAAUUUGAGGAUGUUUCAUCUUUCUGGUGAAAUCUCUUUUGUUUUGUCAUUUCCACUCUGAGAUGACUUUUUCAGAUAGAUAAUAGUGGCAGAGAGACAGAAAGUGAAACUACAGCACCAGUGCUUUCUCCACUGUGAUGGCAUCUAUACUCAAACCUGGUCACAUAGUUGUUAAAAGUGUGCCAUCCAAGUGAGUUACAUUUUCCAGCACUGUGAAAUAUAUUUUAAUAUAUAUUAUGUUUAUUUUUCAGAUUGAGAAGUAUAAGACCUAUUCAUCUUAAUCUGUUCCAUGACCACAGGAUUUAUCCUUAACCAAGAUAGCCAUACCUUUGUUAUUGAGGGACUCAGUGAAAGAAGUAAUAAGCAGAUAAAUUAUAUGAAAAGAUGUCUCCUCCUCUUCCUGUUCAUGCUACUAAAGAUAAAUCAUGGAAAUAAUUUUUCUAAGCUAGUAAGUAGGAGGAUAACUGUAUUAUUUGUGAAUUGUCCCAGUGCUCAAAAUACUUGUUUGAUCUUUACUUUUAUGCCAUUCAUUCUGCCUCACUUAUUAAUAAAUUAUAUUUUAACUUUCAGGAAAAGUAUUUUAAUAUUUUAUAUCUAGAUUAAAUACUUGGAUAAAAGUGCCUUUUUUUUCAUGACAGUGCCCAUAUAGUUUCAUUUUUCACUAUUAACAGACACACAAACAAGUGCUUUUAAGUAAAUUCAACUUAAAUUUUUUCCAUGUAGUCAUUUUUUUUCUCCAUUUUUAACCACCAUAAGAAAACAACUUUGUAUGUUUCUAACAUCUGGAAGCAUAAGUGUAAUAGAAAAUACCUUGCUAGAAUUGUUCCUUUGAGCAAGGUUAAGUAAAAUACUGUAGAAUUACACUGUUUGGGCUGUAUGUAAAUUAAUUAAAUCUGUCUUUUCAAUUAACUAAUGAUAGGUCUUAAAUGAAUGCUGAUGAAAAUUUCACUGUCUCUGAAACACUCCAUACACACAACUGAUGUGGAUUAAAUUUCAGGAAGGAAAUAUUUAAAAUAUCUUUUUUGAUUUUAAGUAGAUGAAAAGAAAUCAUUUAAUACAUAGUUUACAUAGUACCCCAAUAAUACAAAUUUUUUUUCUUUAGAAAUAAUUUAAAUUACUUGACAACUAUAAAAUAGACCUAUACAGCCACAAACAAGUUUUCAGUUGAAAGAGAACUUAGAAAUUUAAUCUAAAAUACCAUUCAAAAGAUAGAAACCCAAAGUACUUCUAAGAAACAGUCAUGUCUGUGUGUGUGUGUGUGUGUGUGUGUGGUCAGAUGGGGGGUUUACAUCUCAAUACUAAGCAUAUAUUUGAUAUUUUGGAAGUGGUAUUGUCAGAUUUUCCAAUUAAGCAAGGCUAAAUAAUCCAUUAUAGAGCACUUUUUUUUUUUUUUAGUAUUUUCUUUUUUCCUUUUUUUUUAAAUAUUUAUUUAUUCAUUUUCCCUUUGUUUUUGCCCUUGUUGUUUUAUUGUUGUAGUUAUUAUUGUUGUUAUUGAUGUCUUUGUUGUAGGAUAGGACAGAGAGAAAUGGAGAGAGGAAGGGGAGAUAGAGAGGGGAGAGAAAGAUAGACACCUGCAGACCUGCUUCACCGUUUGUGAAGCGACUCCCCUGCAGGUGGGGAGCUGGGGGCUUGAACUGGGAUCCUCUCACUGGUCGUUUUGCUCUGCGCCACCUGCACUUAACCACUGUGCUACCGCCCAACUCCCUAUAGAGCGCUUCUUGCCCAUCAGACGAACCUCAGUUAAUCUGCCUAGGAAAAACGAGGUAACAGUGGCAGAACUCUGAAAUUGUAAGCAUGAGAUUCUGAAUUUGAUCCCCAGCACCGUGUAUGCCAUAGUGCUACUGCUCUGGUCUCUCUGGUUCAUUCUCUGUCUCUGUCUCUCUCAAUAAAUAAUAUAAAAUUUAAAAGACAUUAUAUCUGAGUUGUUUCAUAACCAAGAUAUUCCUUUCAUCUACAUACAGUUGGAUUGAGUGUCCCUCUCUUGUUCAUUUUGCCUGCGUUCCAUUUCUUUAUCACAGUGAUGGUACCUUUAAAAAGGGCCAUUUAACAACAGGGGUAAGGUAAUAGUAGUUAUGGGAUAGAGCUGCUUAGUCCAUGUGAUAAUUGCAAGUACUUCCAUGACUACUAGUGGCACUGAAGAUAGGAAACUUACAUGCAGUGUUUGUAGUAUGCUGUGAGAUUAUGCACUUUAAUCAUUCCAAAGAGGUCAAGAAUGCUGUAUAGUGAUGAUUCCUUCUUAAUACAUUUUCAAUAGUCAAUUUCUGAGUUUUUGGUUUGUUUUUUUUUAAGACUAUAGUAAUGUAAUUGACAGGAAAUAAUUAUACUUUAGGAAAUCUUUUUGAAAACGUUAAAAUGUUGAGCUUGUUAGUCCAUAUGUUUGAAAGUUCAUUGGAGCCAUCCCUUUUCCUUUAUACUUAUUUCAUAUGUGUGAGACCAUUAUAGUAUAUAAUUUUCUACAUGUACAGAAUGUAUAAAACAGUGGUUCUCAAAAAUAUGGUCCUCAGCCCCACCAGCUAACAUCACUAUCCUCUGGGAACUAGUUAGAAAUGCAAACUUGUAGGCCCUGUCCCAGUUAUACUGAAUCAGAAACUCUAGAGUAGGGCCAGCAAUAUGUAUUUUAACAAAUUCUCCAGGUUAUUCUGAUGAUGUACAUUAAAGUUUGGAGCCACUGUAUAUACUACAUACAGAAAAAUACUAUACAAUAAAAUACUCUAUAUUUUACUGUAUACUAUAUACAAUAAAAUCUAAAUAGACUUCUCAUUUCAUUUGUACAGGUGCCAUUAUAUAUUAUUGUUUAUGUAAAUUCAACUUAACCUGGUUAUCAAUGAUCAUUUUAUUGGCAAUGAUAACUUAUUCUCAGUACUGCUUUUGAACAUGCAUAUAACUUAUGUACAUACAUAAUUAGUCUGGUUACUGAUAAUCUAGUUAACUUCGGCAUUUUUCCUACCACUUAACUAAAACGUUUACAGUUAACAACUUAAAUAGGUGCAAUGUUCUAUUUUUAUUUCAAUUUAGUCAUUUAAGUAGCUAAUAUAUUUGAUGGGUGCUAAAGUCUCCUAUUGAUCCAUAAAAUGGGUACAUUGUAGGCAGUGAUUAAUACAAGCUUUUCUUUUCAUUGCCUCUUUCUUUACCAGCAGACCACAGUUUUACCUGGCUAGGCCAUUUCUCAGAAGAAAGUGUUUGUCAUUCCUUGCAUUUAUAGUUGUGUCUGAGAUAUUGAUCAAGAUGGCUAGCCAGAUCAACAGAGCACCUUAAUUUAUUUUUUUUAAUAGAUUUAACUUCUUUUAAAGUAGCUUCCAUUGUGUGAGAACUGAUGCAGUAGAUAUAAUAAUUGCUAGAACUUAUGCUUUAGAUAAGAGAUUUACUAAGAUAAAUAUUAAAUAGUAAAAUACAUUUUAUAAUUUGGACAUUUCUCCUUAGUGUUUCAUAGUAAAUGUAAAUUAACCAAUAUAAGUUUUUUUUUCUCAUUUAUUUUACUCUCCCUGUAUAAUUCAGUACCUAAAUAAUUGUUCUAAUCUUCAUGCCAUUGUUUACAAAUCACCAAUUAAUUCAUGAAAGAAAAAUGAAAAUUACAAAAUAGAAAUAUAUACUACUAUAAAACUCACCACUGCUAUCUUUGCUUAAUACUAGCAGUGAAAUUGUAAGUGGCUUACUCUACAAACUUUGGUGCUGGCAAAUAAGUAGGCAGACUGUUGGGAGGUACUCUGGUUACAUUCCUACUUAUUUUCUCUCCCCAACCCCACCCCCCACCCCCGCAGAAGCAUUGCUCAGCAUUGCUGGGGAUUAAACCUGCACUCUCCUGGCCUGAGACAUGAAAUCCUUUUGUGUAAACAUUAUGCUUUCUUCCUGGCCUCCACAAUAGAUUUGUAUACCCAGGUCAUCUCUACCACAGUUCUGUUAACUUCAGCUUACAUUAUUUCCUUUUAAAAUCCCCAUGUUUAAUCACAUCAUCCCUUUCCAGAAGUAAUUUGCCUCAUUUGAAUUAGUUUAUAAUGAUUGCUUACUAUUAUUUUAGAACCUCAGGACAACACACAAAAAACACACAUACACACACACACACACAACCAUCUUAGAUGUUUGAGAGUAGGUUUGGAAUCAGACUAAUAUGUCCAAUAAAGAACUGUAAUGCACUGAAGUAUUUAUACUUUAGUAGUUACAAACUGAUUCCGAUGACCUUAGCUAAGAACCUUUUGAUCUAAUGAAUAUCUGUUCAUCUUAUUCCCUUACUUCUAGUUGAUAAGCUCCAAGUAGUUGUUGCUAUUUUUUUUUUUACAACUUUUACUGAGUUUCACUCACUUCUUUUACUUAGACUUUUAACAAAUGUACUGCAAUUAUUUAAUUAUUAUUUUUUUUUUGGUCUAACUACCAUUCUGCCAUUUAAAUUUUUAUUUGAUUUUACUAGUUUGAGCACUCUGAUCAACCACUGAACUGCGUUCUUCCAUUGUCCUGCAGUGAUAAUAAGGGGUAUGUUUUUGUGUAUACAGCUUUCAUAGUUGGGAUUUCAGAGCACUGACACCAGUUAUUUUCAGUUUAUUAUCUGGGGGAAUUUCAUUUGCAUCUAUGUUUUUAAGCUACCUGUGAUAACUUGUUAAAUAUUAAAAAGAUAUUUUGCUUCUAUUGGAACAUUUGUAUAAUCGCAACUAUAUUUCUGUAAACAGCUGCAGUCAAAAAUAAAAUAUUGAAAGUUUUCA